CGCACGGAAGUGGUUUUGUUUCGAUGGCUACCCACAAUAAUAUGUGAGAAAUGAGAGCUGCUAUAUAUUUAAGAUUUAGUUAGCUCACAUAAAAGGGUUUAUCAUUUCAUUAGUAGUAGUUUAUUAUUCCUUAAUAUUAUUUUGAUAUCGUCUGAACUAAACGAAGGAUAGCUAGCUUGUUAGCUAGCUUCAUUAACGCAAGCAGACAUGCCGUCCUACUCUGAUUUGAGGAAAACCAACCACUUCUACUACUUCAUCAAAUUCACCUUAAAUAUCUACUCAAUGCUCUUCUCGCUGAUGGGUCUUUGUGUGCUGUGCGUGGGGGUGUACGCUGAAGUGGAAAGGCAGAAGAAUCGAACCCUGGAGGGCCUUUUCCUGGCUCCUGCUGUGGUGCUCAUCCUGCUGGGCCUGGUGAUGUUUACUGUGUCGGUGGUGGGCAUGGUCGGAUCCCUCCGGGACAACAAGACCCUGCUGCACAUGUUCCUCUGUGUUCUCUGUGUGUUGCUGCUUCUCCAGGCGAUCGCACUCACCGCGGCUCUCAUCUUUGAAAAGAAGACGUCUGCUUUGUUUCAGAGCAGCAUACGAGAAGGAAUCAAACACUACUACGAUGAUCUGGACUUCAAAAACAUCUUGGAUUAUGUGCAGCAAAAGUUUUCUUGUUGUGGAGGGGAUGAGUAUAAAGACUGGGGGGUCAACCAGUACCAUUUCUGCAAUGGCACUGGUCCACUGGCCUGUGGGGUUCCAUACACUUGCUGUGUUCGCCGCAAGAUGGGAGAGGUCAUCAACACUCUAUGUGGUUACAGGACUCUGGAUAAACAGUAUCAGCGUGAAAACCUUCAUGAGUUGAUCCACGUGCGAGGCUGCAUCCAUGCAGUCAACCUCUGGAUGAGUGACAACAUUGGAAUAACCAUUGCAUUCUGCUGUGCCAUUGGGCUGCCACAGCUGCUGGGCAUCAUCCUGAGCUGCGUCUUCUGGAACCUGCUGGUGGACAUGAGCGAGUCGGCUGACAUGGUGGACUUCAAGCUGAAGAAGUCCGAGUUUGAGUACAGUGAGCUGGACCUGGCCGGCGCCGGCUGGUGUAUGUGUCUACCGAGGGAUGGCGGCUACCUGCCUGUCCCUGCCUCUGAGCCCGACCUUGACCCCAUUGACAUUCACCUGGAGAAGCUCAAGAAGCAGCCACCUCGCACACACUCUCAGCUGCGAGAACUGCAGCAGUCCAGAUCGGCCACUGGGCUGGACGAGGUAGACGUUGGCAGGAAGCAGAAAAGGGAACACUGAGUGGUCUUUUUGCCCUUUCUUGCCUUUUGGGUUUUUGCCUUUUUUUCUGUCAUUGUAUUAAUUGCAUUUGUUGGAGUUGUGUUGCACUACUUGAUGGUUGAACAUGUCAGUCAUUGGAUCAAGAGAAAUUUGGUCAGCUAAAGGGAUCAAAAGUACUUUGGCACUUUGUUGAUGAAUUUGUUUACAGCAAAAUUUAAAGGAACAACAUGCGACACUGGCUUUUUUAAGAACAUUUCAUUUGUCUUGUUUGUGACGGUUCAUAAUCAAAGAUUUAUAGCAUUAUAUCACUUUUAAUUUAAUUUUUUUAGCCUUUGAAAUUGAGCUAUGUCUCACGUGCUAAAGCUUACCUCAGGCUGUUUUGACAAUAGCCCAGUAGUCAGAGGACGGUACUAUUUGGUGUGUAAAUUAAUGGUAGCUUAAAAAGAUGUUUUUCAGUGUCGGAGAAAUAGGAAUAGCCAAGUAUGUCUUGCGUGUAACGUCUGUGACGGAUGUAUUCAGUUUGUGUAUUAUUUCUUUUUGUUAUGAUUUUAAUUUGAGUUUGUGCAAUCAGUGUAAAUUGUAAGACUGAUAGUUGUGGAAUAACAUGGGAUGCAUGUUUUGUACUGUAUAUGAAGUAAAUUAAAUAAAAGGAAAAAAAAAAAAAGAAAAGGAAAAAACUGUUUACAUGUUAGGCUCUCAUCAGGGGGACUUCAGUCUGUUCCAUUUUUAAACUAAACUUUUUAUUCCUUCCAUCUUUUAAAGAAACAACUACAAGGAUUAUCAAGACUACAAAUUCAGUAAAAAGCUACUCUGAUGGUUUUUUGUAUCUGAGUUAUGCACUGUUUUGAGCUUCCCCCUAGCUCCUGCCUUGUAACAGCACAACUGUUCUUGUCAAUAAAGCUG